UUGAACGGCGAGAGCGAAGCGGGGCCCAGUUCCAGUGAGUGAGUGGUUUUCUCCGGCUGUUUGCGGGUCCCGCUGUCAGCGCCGUUAUCAUGCUGACCGGCACCCAAGUGGAUCUGGAGAACCAGGAAAAUGUGCCUCCGGGGGCAAAAGAGGUCCCCCAGGUUGCGGGUGCUCCUGGACACCGAAUGGCGCUGGGGCUUUUGCAAGCGAAUCACCGCCGCUCGACCCAGCCGCAGGUUCCCCUUAGUCAAAUACCGUGGAGUACAAAUGAUGAGAAUUAUCUUGGUGUCCCCAUUGGUAAAAUGGGAAACAAACAGCCUGCCUUUACUAUCCACUUGGAUGAACCUGAUAGCAGGAGACAAAAGAAACAUAUGUCCAGCAAAAAGACCUCACCCAAUGAAGAGGCUAUAGGCUUGAAGGCAGCUGUUGCUUCAAUGGGAACCAGAAAACCUCUAACACCUAUAGACAAUCCAAUGGAUCUUAGCUCAGGGUCACUGAGUAUUAUGGAUAUGUCAAUAGUCCAAGAAGCAGAACAGAAAAUUAAUGUUAACCAUGUCCCAGACUAUAUUGAGGAUAUCUAUAAGUAUCUUAGAGAAAUGGAGGUGAAAUGCAAACCAAAAGUGGGUUAUAUGAAGAAACAGCCAGAUAUUACAAAUAAUAUGCGGGCUAUUCUUGUGGACUGGCUAGUGGAAGUUGGUGAAGAAUACAAACUACAAAAUGAAACUUUGCAUUUGGCUGUAAAUUACAUUGAUAGGUUUCUGUCUUCAAUGUCAGUGCUACGAGGAAAGCUUCAGCUUGUGGGAACUGCAGCUAUGCUGUUGGCAUCAAAGUUUGAAGAAAUCUACCCUCCAGAAGUAGCAGAAUUUGUUUAUAUCACAGAUGACACUUACACAAAGAAACAAGUUCUCAGAAUGGAGCACUUAGUCCUAAAAGUCUUGUCAUUUGAUCUGGCAGCUCCUACAAUAAAUCAGUUCCUUUCUCAAUACUUCUUACACCAGCCAGCCAGCUCCCUAGUGGAAAACUUGGCAAUGUACUUGGGUGAACUGAGUUUAAUUGAUGCAGACACAUAUCUGAAAUAUUUGCCAUCAGUAAUUGCUGCAGCAGCAUUUCAUAUAGCAAACUAUGCAGUUUCUGGGAAAACCUGGACGGAUUCUCUUGCUAAAGUGACGGGAUAUACAACUGAAAGUAUUAAGCCUUGUCUCCUAGACCUCCACAAGACCUACUGCAGGGCAGCACAGCAUACACAACAGUCUGUAAGAGAGAAAUACAAGACUGUAAAAUACCAUGCAGUGUCGCUCAUUGACCCACCAGAGACACUAGAUUUAUUAUAACUGAGAUUUCAAACCUAUAUAUUGUCCAUUGCAAAUGUACAGUUUUAAAUUUAUAUUUAGACUUGAAUCAAUCUGGUAUAUUACCAUAGCUAAUUAUGAGGUUUUAUACUUUUAUAAUGUUUUAAUGUAAACUUUUGUACAUGCAAUCUUGUUCUACAUGCUUAGAUGGCGCUCCUUUAAAGCUGUGUUGAAAAAGACUUAAACCAUGCAGGUAUAACUGCUGAGUGGCACUGUUCAACCUUUUUAAAACAGUAUGAGCAGCGUGAGGAUUUGACUCUAAAAUUGCAAAUCAAGAUAGUUCAAUGGAAUGUCUGCAUAUAAUAAAGUUACAACGGUAUAUUUGAAAUGAUUAAGUGCCCAGUAGCUGAACUUGAGAAAGCUGCUGCUGUGACACUUUUUGCUAACAAAGACCCCCAUUCUACUUGAAGGCUGUAUCAGCUAUUAAGGAUAGUGAUUUUUUUUUUUUUUUGAAAUAUGUUACUAAAGUAGCUUUAUAAACACUGCAUUAAUAGCUUUUAUUCAAACCAGUGAGUCUGGAAUGUAAAGGAAGAGCCUCCAAUAUCAAGGAGGGUAAAAUUAGUUACUGCCGUAAAAAAAAAUUAUUAAAAUCCUGCCUUCUGCUAACCAAGGUCAUAAAACAGGCUAAUUUAAUGUGUUUGCAAUUAAGCAAGCCAAUUUCCUGACCCUCAGAUGAAAUAGCCUGCAAUCAGCAGGGUGAUGCAGAUUCCGUACUGCUGCAAGGCAAAUAAGUUGCUGGAGGAGCACACCGCUCUGUAUCCUGGCUUCAGGUGGUUAGGAUCCUUAGGAUGAAUACCUUUUCACCUCUACUCUUGGUAUAAUCUUAAAGUUCUAAAACAGGAUUGAAGUAGUGGGUGUAUUGGGCAAAUACCAGGUUUUCUAUGUUGUAAGGGUUAACUUUUAUAUUCAUAUUUGAGAAGGAUUAAAUUCCUAUAAACAACUAAUGCUUGAUAUGUGCUCCCAGUAAAUAAAUGCAUGGAAAGACCUAAGUGUAACCAUCUAGAAGCUGGUAAAUAAAAUCCUCUAAAAGGA